AUGGCCGAGAAUGAUGACAUGGAGGCGAACGAGACAGCUUCCAAAAUGCGAAAAUUACGACCACCUAAUCGGAAAAAAUUCAAUGACGAUAUCGAACUACUAAAGGAGGAAAUUAAGGAAAAAGAAAAGCGAAUUAAAUCGAUCGUCAAGCCUCUUCCGCAAACCAGUUCUGAAUCUACUGCAAAGAAGGAUAAAUUGAUUAAUGAACUUGCAGAGAUUCGCAAUGAAAAGCAAAACAUCGUCGAUAGAAGAAGAAGCACAGAUGAAGAGCUGAAAGCCCUUAAUAAGCAAGUGGCUGAAAAGAAUAAUAAUAUUACAAGGCUGUUAGCCGGAUUACAUCAUUACAAAUCUCAAGAAUCGAUUGAUGAUGCUAUCAAGAAGCUUGAAUUUCAAUUGCAAGUACAGCGUCUAUCAUUGAAGGAAGAAAAGCAUUUAGUAGCUACAAUUGAUGCGAUGAAAAGAUCCAAAAAGACUUUAAAGACUUAUAAUUUAUCUCAGCAAGCACUUAAUGAGGAUCGAGAUAAAGUGAAACAGAUUAGGCAAGCUAAAGAUGCGUGCAGUAAAGAAAUCUCUGAGCUAAAAGCAAAAGAAGAUAAAAUAAAAGAGACAAUCUCAUCUUUAAAGAUACAAAACGAUGAUGCGAGAAUAAAAGCUCGUGAAAAGUAUGCUGAAAAAGAUAGCUUACGAAAAGAAAUUGAUGACCUAUAUAAUAAGAAACGAGAGUUAACCGCAAAUUUUUACAAAGAACUCAAUAUGUACAAUAAGCAAUCUAGAGAAAUGAUGAAACGUAGUAAAGAUGAACGAAGUAAAAGGAAAGAAGAAAGAGAACUUGCAAGACAACUAGCAAUUAAGGAGUAUGAAAAUUCUCUUUUACCGUUCGAGAACGAAAUCACGACAUGUAGCUCCCUUAUAACUUAUUUACAAAGAACUGGUAGUUCGGUCGAUGUACGCUCGCAAGAUGAUGUUAACGAUGCUGCUGGACCAAAAGAAGAUAAAAUUAGUAAUUCUGAAUAUCCAGAUGGAGUCUUCAUUAGCAAAAAAUCUGAUGAUGAUGAAGAAUUUAUGACUGUUACUAAGAAAUCAAAUAAAAAAAGGGCAAGAAAAAAUCGAAAAGUAGCUAAUACAAAAAGAUUAAAUCAUCACACGGAAGUUUUUGAGCAAUUUCUGUCUCUAAGCCUCCAUGCACCUGCAACAACUGCAGAAAUACCUCAAUUAAUGGAAACUUUGCAAGGAAAGCUAAAACAUUAUAAAUCAGAACAAGACGCUGAAAUUGCUAAAAGAGAAAUCGCUAAAACUGAAGAAAAUAAUGAAAAUGGCUACACCGACCAUGAUGAUACGCCAAUAUCAGACACCAUAGAGACUGAUACGUUAAGUGUGGAGGCAGAUCUAGAUAAUGAAGCCAAUAAAUCUGAAAACGAAUUAAACACCGAAGAUUAA